AUGGCGAAGCUGAAGGACCUGGAAGCGGGCGAUGUGUCUUCGAAAGUGGACACUUCGCUCUGGCGUCGCGCUGGACUCUUCCUACUGUACUGCGUCGUGAUAGUGUCCAUCUCGAGUCUGCUGAUGUCCACAACGGUUACCCAUCCGUCUCUCUUCCACGCUCGCGGUGCCAAGUUCGACCGCAGCGUUCCGCGAGACAAGGCCAUCGUUCUCUGUAUGCACGACGGUGUUGUUCCCAUGGGAUUGUCGCUAGUACGGGAGCUUCGCUGUCUAGGACGAACUGUCCGUCAAGACUAG